AUGUCCUAUUCGAGGAUCCGAUACAGACGACAGGGUGUCUCAAGAGACGAAAGCCUCGUCUCACACGAACAAGAUCUCCGCUUCAAGGUUUCGGACUCCGGUGAGGAAUCGUAUGUGGGCUUCGAUGAGGAAACGAAUUUGAACCACGAUGAGGCAACGUAUUCGGACCACGUUGAAAGCCUCAUCCCAUCCGUACAAAAUCUCGGCUUCAACAUUCCGGAAGUCAAUGAGGAAUCGUAUCUGGGCCCCGAUGAGGCAACGUCUUCGAACCACAAUGAGGCAACGUAUUCGAACCACGAUCAGGAUCUGGGCCCCGAUCAGGCAACGUAUUCGAACCACGAUCAGGCAACGUAUUCGAACCACGAUCAGGCAACGUAUUCAAACCACAAUGAGGCAACGUAUUCAAACCACGAUGAGGCAACGUAUUUGGGCUCCGAUGAGAAAACACAUUUGGACCACGAUGAGGAAACAAACCCCAGUGACGGUGGGCAAGAUGAUCCCCGAUGCUACGGCAUAUGCCCCGGGACAUUGAACCCGAAUGCAAUCAGCAACGAGCAUUAUCGUCGCGGAAAUGUCAACUUCGACUACAUCAAAGCGUACUGGCCACAGACGAUUCCCCGUCAUUACGCGUGGACUGGCAAAUACCCGGUGGACGAGCGGUUCGCCCUCGCACGUGUCGAAGACAAGAUUGGCAUCAAUCUAAAGGACAUAUUUGAUCAUGGGAGCUGGGUUCCUUUCAACGGCAUAUCUCGAAAAGGCAUUGCCCCCUACAUUGCGACCAUUACAUACUCGACCCCCCCUAUCACGCUCUCCUAUGCAAUACUCCGCCGCAAUGUCAGCAGACCGGUUUGUGUAUUCGGAUUCAAACUACAUCUAGAUGGACAAAAUCAAAAAUUUAACCCCAUCCUUGAAUCGCGAUUUUAUAUGGUCAAGGCUGGUGGGGGGCAAGGUGGUUCUACAAAGACACUGGAUUUUCUGGGUUUUCAGAAGCCGCCCGAACGUGAGCCGUCGGCCAAGUUCUGGGAAUUCGAGUGGUGGGUCCCGAAAUACAUAUGCUGCCGGGACGACUUCAAUCUUCAUUUUCGGCCAGACGAAGUCGAUGCAAGGUCUACUGAGUCGUCAAGACGGGCUGGUCAUAGACAGAGGGUUCGACGAUGA